AUGAGCCCAAGUUCAUUCGCUACUGCAAACACUGAGCCUAUAGUCAAUCAAUUCGUUUUCAAUCCGAAUUAUGAACAUUUUUCUGCAAUAACAUCAAAAUUCGGAUUAUUCAAUUUAGUAAACGAAAACGAACACAUAAAUCAUACAAAUUUCAACACUGCGAGAUUUCACCGAGUCGAAGAUGACUUGUUCUCAUCAUCAAAUUCCGAUGAGAUCACCUGCCCGCAAUGCUUUACUCCACAAUCUGUUUUUUGUGUAGUUGAGGAUGCAAAACAAGAACAAUCAAAGAAAUUUUAUAUUUGCAUGUCACAUAAUAAUGAAGGAUGUGGGUGGCAAGGUGACGAAAAACCGAUUGAAGAUGAUACUAAACAACGCUUAAAGGAAAAAUGCGG